GCAGAGACUCGGGAAUGAGAGGGGAGGGGAAAAGUUGGACAGCCACUCUCGCCGUGACUUUUCCUCCUCUUCCCUUUCUCCGUGGAGGACGCCUCAAGACAAAAGAAAAGUCGCUUCAAGGAUCCGAGCAAACGCUGGAUUACUUUGGAUUUACAUCCCCAUCGUGAUAUGCAAACGUUUCUCGUCGGAUUCAUGUCAUAACAAGUUUGUGGAUUUAAUCCCAAAUUCAAGGUGGUGGCUGAGGUGAGGCGAGGUGUACGAAAGCAUGCGGCUUCUUACUUCCUGCCUGACUCUGCUGGCCAUCGGCCUCGGCUCGUGCGCAACACUUCCAUCAGAGCAAGAUGCUCCGUGCCCGGCUUUACAAGUGGAGGAAUGGAAGUUUCCACAUUCGCCUCGGGAUAACAUCACAGGCUUUGAUUUGGUGAGGCGGUUCUCCCUCCUCAAGAAUCAAGAUGUCAAGAAGAUCCGCAACCCUCGCGGGCCCGUCAUCCUCCGCUUGGGCAAGACUCCUCUCAUCCGUCCCACCGAUGAGGUGUUUCCUGAUGGCCUUCCUGAGGAGUUCACUCUCAUAUUCACCUUGACAUUAAAAAAGGCUGCCCUGAGGGACACCACCUACCUCCUCCAGAUAUCUGAUGAGCAGGGAUACCCUCAGCUCUCGGUAGACCUCAACGGCCAAGACGGCACCCUGUCGCUGAGAGCGAGACGGGCGGACGUCCCGGACGACCUGGUGAGCUGCGCAUUCGCUAACGAGGCUGUGGAAACUCUGCUGGACUUAGGCUGGCACAAGUUGGCCCUGAGCGUACGGCGGGAUUCCGUCUCGCUCCUCGUGGACUGCAACGCCAUGGAGACGCAGCCCCUGGAGCCCCGUGGCAAAAUGUCUACUGAUGGGCACACGCUACUGGCCAUUCGAGCUACGGACGCCGGGCCUGUACAGAUGGACAUUCAACAGGUGGCGCUCUAUUGCGACGCAUCCCUAGCCGACCAGGAGACCUGCUGUGAAAUACCAGGAGCUCAAUGCCCACCGGAUGCCUCCAAGAGUCGACGAGCCGCAGAGAAUGACUUGGAAAACACUUUUAGCCAGGAAAUCUUCUCAUCCAAAGACCUGACACAGAAACUUAUAAAUCUUGCCCGAGUUUCUGGGAUCAAAGGGGAAAAAGGCAACCGGGGUGAUGACUGUUCUGCCGUUCAUUCAAGUCCGUGUGCGGCGGGGACCAAGGGAGAGAAGGGAGAGAAAGGAGAUACGGCGCCGCCUGCCAACUGGGGCGAAGCGGUUGCGUUCAAGGAACUGAAAGGCCAGAAGGGUGACAUCGGCCCACAGGGUCUCACGGGCACUCCAGGAAAGGAUGGUCGAGCGGGCUCCAUCUGUGUCGUCGGCCCCAAGGGACAGAAGGGUACCUCAGGAUUUGUGGGUCCUGAAGGCUUGGCUGGGGAGCCGGGCUCGCCGGGACCUCCAGGACCACCUGGAGUCGGAAAGCCAGGUCCAGCUGGCCCUCCUGGUCAGCCCGGUGGUGCAAAAGGCGACAUGGGUGAACCUGGACCUCAGGGUGCCGACGGAUUUCCUGGAGAUCCCGGGCCAAGAGGACCAGCGGGGCACAAAGGAGAAAAGGGCGACCCAUGCGAAGUGUGCCCCGCGCUGCCCGUCGAUCUGGGCAACACGGUGGCUUUGCAAGGGAUGAGGGGCUCGAAAGGAGAGCCCGGAUUGCCAGGAGUUGGAGAGAGAGGACCGCCCGGUCUUCAAGGUGCGGCUGGAACGGGCGGACAGAAGGGAGAAGCAGGAUCAGAUGGUGUUAAAGGGGAAAAGGGUGAGCCCUGUUCCGUGUGCCCCACCUUGAGUGAAUUAGCCCCAAACCUCGGGACUCAAACUCUGCAAGUCAAAGGCCAAAAAGGAGAACAAGGACACGCUGGAAAUGUAGGACCACCUGGCCCAAGAGGAGAGAAGGGUAACGCAGGGAGAAGAGGAGCUGAUGGUAAACCGGGAAGACUUGGCGCAAAAGGAUUUGCCGGCAAGGAUGGAGUCAAGGGCGAAAAGGGAGGGAUCGGACUGCCUGGUCUGAGUCUUCCUGGCCAGAAAGGGGAACCGGGCGUGUGUGGCUUGUGCCAGCCGUACGAGGUUGGCAGCGGACCUGCCAGCAUCAAAUUACCUGAGGGAGCAAGAGGCAACCCGGGCGAACCGGGUCCUCCGGGCAUCCCCGGAAUUCCGGGCCUUGGAGCGCAAGGCAAACAGGGCCCCCCGGGUGCUGCUGGAGAGAGAGGUGAUAAGGGUGACCAAGGUGACAAAGGGGACGCGGGAGACAAUGGUGCUCCCGGAGUCCCAGGACUGCCUGGAGAGCCAGGACGAGAUGGACAAACGGGCCUCAAGGGAGAAAAGGGUGAAGCUUGUACCAGCUGUUCAUCUCCAGGCACUGCAGUGGGUGACGGUGUGGCUGUGCCUGGACCAAAAGGAGAGAGGGGAGAGCCCGGCCCGCCGGGAAAGGGGAAAACGGGCAAAAAUGGUCAACCAGGCUUGCCAGGCAUACAAGGUCCUCCCGGUCUUAAAGGCAGCAGGGGAGAACCUGGACCCGCAGGAGUUGGCCAACCAGGCGCGCAGGGCGUCGAAGGACCCAGAGGACUGCCGGGUAUUGUUGGACCUCCAGGAUCCAGAGGAACACCCGGCCCCGCAGGUCCCGUUGGAGAAAAGGGCAUGAGAGGAGAUGCUGGACUUCCGGGACCGCAAGGGCCACUGGGCUUCGGAGUAACUGGGCCGCCGGGUAGAGACGGUGCCCCGGGCGCCAGCGGAACUCCCGGAGCUGAUGGCAGACCUGGACUUGAUGGAGCUAAGGGGGACAAGGGUGACCCGGGAGAGUGUAACUGCAUCAUGCCAAUGCAGUCAGGUGCAGGAGGACCUGGAGCCCCCGGGGCUGUGACCGGCACUUGGCAGCCUGGCCCUCAGGGACCCCCGGGACCACCGGGCCCACCGGGCCCACCUGGGCCUCACGGUGCCAACGGACUUCAAGGACCUCAGGGUAUCCCUGGAAACGACGGGAUACCAGGGAAACCGGGUUUGCCUGGAUACGUUAGGCCUGACUUGCAGCUGCUGCCUCAAGAUGCUUCUGACGAAGCUCAAGAUAAAGCCUGUGUUGGGGACUGUUCCCAAGGGAUGCCAGGGGUGCCGGGUAUGGCUGGGGCCAAAGGCGAAAAGGGAGACCAGGGCAAGCCUGGCGUCACACCCUUGGAUAACUGUGAUAGCUGUCUGGAGAAACUACAGGCAACAGAUCCGAGGGAUCCCUGCACCUGUACAGGAUCACCCGGCGUUCCAGGGGUGCCCGGAUCACAGGGAAUACGCGGGGAGCCCGGUACACAAGGGGACAGAGGACAAGCUGGACUUCCAGGAAACAUGGGCCCUCCAGGUUUCCCAGGUCCUCCGGGCCCAUCUGGCUCACCUGGUCCGCAAGGUGAACAAGGUUCAGCUGGCAUGGCCGGAAUCAAGGGUGAACAGGGCCCUUCAGGGACGCCAGGCUAUCCUGGAUCCAUGGGGCCUCCGGGAAUGCCAGGACUGAAGGGUGAACGCGGGAGCCCAGGGACGAGCGGUCAGAAAGGAGAAUCGGGUCCUUCGGGUCUCCCCGGGUACCAAGGACAGGCGGGCGCACCGGGAGGUAAAGGAGACACCGGACCAGCAGGACCUGUUGGACCAAAGGGUGAUCAGGGCUUUCAAGGACAACCCGGAUUCCCUGGAACGCCGGGCCCACCUGGCCUUCCCGGCAAAAUUGGAAGGGAAGGACCCCCAGGACUCAAGGGUGAAAAGGGCAAUGAUGGUGCGCAAGGUUCUCAAGGAUCGACCGGACCCCCAGGCUCAUCAGGCUCCCCAGGACUAAUGGGUCCUCCUGGCAUCGAGGGAAUUCACGGAAAAGACGGAAAACCAGGGCUUCGGGGAGAGCUGGGCCCACCGGGACCAGCCGGCCCACGAGGAAUGCCAGGAUUCAAAGGGAAAACUGGCCACACUGGAUUUCCAGGACCAAAGGGGGAAGCUGGGAUUUCAGGCCCACCUGGACCACCAGGCAGACCAGGGCACGAGGGUGAUCCCGGCACGCCAGGAGCUCAGGGACGACCGGGACCAUCUGGUCACAUUGGUUCACCAGGUCCAGCUGGACCCCCAGGACCUCCCGGUCCAUCUGGAUUGGGUUUGAAGGGAGAUAAAGGUCAGAUUGGAGAGAGAGGUCUCCCGGGAAUGCCUGGAACCCCAGGUCCUCCUGGUCACCCAGGAUUAAUGGGCGAGCCAGGAAAUGAUGGUUCCGCUGGUAAAGACGGCUCGGCAGGCCUUCCUGGUGAGAACGGGAAAACAGGUCAAAAGGGUGAACCUGGGGCCACUGGGGAAAGAGGCCAACCGGGGGAGAGAGGCAGACCAGGGCCCCCUGGUGGAGGCUUGGGAUAUCACUCCAAAGAUGCACAGCCAAUGAUUGGCCCGGUCGGGCCCAGAGGGGAGAGGGGAAACCCCGGCCCAGCCGGCCCCUCCGGACUACCUGGAACUCCAGGCUCACCGGGAAAUGAUGCUGUUGUCAAUUACGAUGAAAUCAAGAGCUUCAUCCGCCAGCAGGUCAUCAAGAUUUUUGAUGAGAGAAUGGCCUACUACAUGUCUCGUAUGCAGAUGCCUGUCGAAAUGGUAUCAUCUCCCGGUCGGCCCGGCCCCCCGGGGAAAGAUGGCAUUCCCGGUAAUCCCGGAGCCCCCGGCGCACCUGGCAUCCCGGGCCAGAUCGGCCGAUUAGGUCGGCCCGGACCCCAAGGCCCGGCUGGACCAAGGGGCCCAGUAGGUGCAAAAGGAGAUAAAGGUGUAGGUGAAAUGGGAGAUGUCGGACCGCCGGGAGCACCAGGUAUCCCGGGUUCCCCAGGGUAUGGCAAGAUGGGACCCCCAGGUUCCGUUGGCCAGCAAGGAGUUCCCGGUAUCCCAGGUCCGCCCGGACCGGCUGGUUCAAAGGGAAUCGACGGCCGGUGUAACCCUUCAGACUGCAUGAGCCGUCAAGUGGAAUAUAGCCCCAAGGGCCCGUCUGUCAAGGGCCCCUGGUAAACGUGUGGAGGGCAAGGAGGGGAGAGGUCGGGCAAACCAAAGGACACAAAGCCGGGAAUUCUGACCGCAAACUUAAAGAUGGCAACUUCCUUUGUUAUUGAACAGCGCCCAUGUUUGUUUGUUUGUGCAAAAAUCCACAUUCCUCUUCCCUCUACUUUGACCCAAGCGGUGAAUCUCAACUCCAUCAUUCAUUCCUUAUGAAUUCCACUUCCUUCUCGUAUCAUUCUUUGUUGUUGUUGUUUUGCCUUCUCUUCACCACGUUUCACUCCUUCAAACCAACCGCGGGAAGUUGAAAGCAUCCGUUUUUCUUUGGGGUUUUUUUUUUUCAAUUUUCUUUGUCACGUUUAGAACGCAGCCACGUGUACUGUAGCACUUUGCUUGCGCCUCUGAUAUCACAGUGCCUCACAAACACUUCACAACGGCUUCAGCGCUCGUGGUGUUCUCCGUAGUUGAAUUGGGUUUCGAAGAGAAUGGAUGCGUACGCACCCUUUUCGAGGGCUUUACCGUUUUGUAUAUAUUUGUAUUUAUAUAUAGCAGCUUUUUAGACAUUUUGAAACAUUUGAUGAGCGACGUCAUAUGGAAAUACUGUCCACCGAACGUGCGGAGAGCUUGUCACCCUAUUUCAGGUGAAGAAUUGAAUUCAGGACUCAAAAGUACGCUGGCAAUUUUUCACAUUCAAGCAACAUUUUGGACACGCUUUGAUGCCGAUACGGCUUUCUUGAAACAUUUGCGGCCGUUCGUCUUAUUAAAUGGAAGUUAAUAGCUUAGGAUUCACAAGCUAGCAAAAUGCUAUUCUACUCCCUGGGGGGGUGGGGGGCAUUUUUAGGCUUUCGUAUCUCACUGAUUGUUCAGAAUAGCCAAGCCUUGAAAAAGAAAAUUGUGUUUUCUCUCAGAAACAGAAUUCAACUGUGUUUUGAAUGGCUGUAGCAUGCCACUCUACAUGCUUGCUGUGUAUAUGUUGUUUCAAGACAUUGCUGUGCAACUCGUGUUUCUUUCCUGAGGUUGUUUUAUAAUUCAUUUGAGUGACAAAAAAAUAAUAAUAACAUGCAAAGCAA